AUGCUCACGUUCACGUAUUCUGCAAAUCAAACCGUGUUGACACAUUUCAUCAUUAAAGGCAUUUCUGACCAACCUGAACUGCAGGCCCCGAUCUUCCUCCUGGUCCUUCUCAUCUAUCUCGUAACACUGACCGGAAACGUGACCAUUCUGCUGGCUGUCUGCUUGGAUCGACGCCUCCACACCCCAAUGUACUUCUUCUUGGGCAACCUGUCCUUCCUGGACAUGUGUUCCACCACCGUGACCCUCCAUAAAGUCCUUCUGAUCUUCAUAGCUGGAGAUAACCGCAUGUCCUUCCUGGGUUGCAUGGUACAGAUGUACUUUUUCGCAUCGUUUAUUGGCCACGAGCUGUUGAUCCUGAUGGCCAUGAGCUAUGAUAGGUACGUGGCCGUCUGUCAUCCCUUGCGUUAUCACACGAUCAUGAACCACAGGCUUUGUGUUUCCCUGGCCGCUGCCUGCUGGGCGUUGGGUUUCCUACAAGUUCUUGGUCCAUUUGUCAUAGUCUCGGGCUUCUCCUGUUAUACGUCUAACGAGAUCAACCACUUCUUGUGCGACAUCCUUCCACUGAUGGAAAUUACCUGCAACGACACGGCUCUUUUGGAGAAAGUACUCUUCAUAAGUGGACUCUUCGUUGUGACCUUGCUCCCUCUCGUCCUCACCUUCAUCUCUUACGUCUUCAUCGUCGUCGCCAUAGUCAAGAUACGCACCAGCUCUGGGAAACGGAAGGCCUUCUACACGUGUUCCUCCCACCUGGCGGUCGUCGUCCUUCUCUACGCCAUUCUCAUCUGUCAGUACCUCACUCCGGCUUCCCUCCAAACUGUGAACUCAAAAAAGUUCUUCUCUCUUUUUAACACCUCCGCCGUCCCCAUGCUUAACCCCCUGAUUUAUAGUUUUAAAAACAAACACAUGUUGUCAGCUAUCAGGCGGAAAUUAUGCUCUAAAAUAAUCCAAUAA